AUGGCCAGCUCAGGACAACCUCACGAUGGCGACCUCAACCGUCAUCACCAGUCGCAACAUCACCAUCACCACCAACCACAAGCAGACUCGGAACCUUUCCCUGACAUUGAGUUCCAAGACUCCAAUCAAAAUGACCGCGAUUUCGUCCAUGAAAAGCCCUCUCCGCCAUCCUUGGACACUUUCAACACCUUGCAGCCUCAAGAUUCGGCAGGAAUCGAAAUGAUGGCCAUGUCACCAUCCGGACAGCGGGCUGAUGCCAGCCGUCUUACCGAUGAUCUGGAGCUCCUGCGGGCAGAGCGCUACAUCUCAAACCAAGAGCACGAGGCGACCAAGACUCGAUCUAAGAACCGAGCUCAUAAUGUCGAGCCAGAAGAUGCUUUUAAUCCAACAGUCAACAAGGAGGAGCAUGUCAAGAAGAGAAACGAGGAUGCCACACUGUACAAGUUUUGGCUGUUUCUUAAGAAAUUCCCUCGCUUCAUUCGUUAUGUGGUCUAUUUAUUUCCUGGCGCGGCACUGCUUUUGAUCCCUGUUCUUCUUGGUGCCUUCAAGUACAACGAUGGGAGCAAUCUUGUUGGAGGUGAAGGGGGCGUGCAGCUGAUGUGGUUUGGAAUCUGGCUUGAGAUUGUAUGGGCUUCCUUGUGGGUAUCCCGAAUGAUCACCAGUUUGCUCCCACACCUCUUUCACGGUGUUGCUCGCAUGAUGGGGUCGACCAAUGCCAAAAAAUGGCGAGAUAUUGGAUCACAGCUCGAGCUGCACACUGCUCUGUUUCUCUGGUUCCUAGCUAUUUUGAUCUCCUUUAAGCCGACCAACAAUGGACAUCGAGGUGGUAAACCUGAUAAGGACAGCUCUGGAAACGAUUGGGUGGAUAUUGUCAACAAGGUCAUUAUUGCUCUAUUUGUCCUGUUCACCCUGAAUUUCGCCGAAAAGAUUCUUAUACAGUGGAUUGCGACCUCGUUUCACCAACGCACUUACUCUACCCGAAUUGAGAACAACAAGGGCGACAUCAAGCAGCUUGUGCAGCUUUUCGAAUUUGCCAAAGGAAAGUUGGAGGAUACGGACAAGUUUUGGCAGGGGGCGGACGGAAUUCGCACUGCAAGUGGUGCGCAGACUCCCAUGGCCAACUUUCACGAAGGCGCUCGGCAAGUGCUUGGGAAGGUUGGAUAUGUUGCCAACCGUGUUGGAAACGACCUUAUUGGCAGAAAGGUCAACCCAAAUAUGCCUCGCAAAGUCGUUUCUGAGCUGUUGCGAUCUACCUCGUCUGCCCACACCCUGGCUCGUCUCAUCUACCGCAGUGUAGUUCGGGAGGACCGGGAGACUGUUCACCCCGAAGAUUUGGAACAGGUCUUUGCCACACAGGAAGAGAUCGAUGCGGCUUUCGGUGUUUUUGACAAGGAUCUCAAUGGCGAUAUAUCUAUCGAAGAAUUCGAGGCGGUGUGCAACGAAAUCCAUCUAGAGAAGAAGGCCAUUGCAGCCUCCCUCAAGGAUCUCGACUCAGUCAUUCAGAAGCUCGAUAAGGUAUUCCUUUUCAUCAUCAUAGUCAUCUCCAUCAUUGUCUUUGUAUCAAUCUUUUCCAGCUCUACAGCAGCUGGCUUGGCGUCAGCAAGCACAUCGAUCUUGGGUCUAGCUUGGGUUCUCCAGGCCACCGCCCAAGAGUUUCUACAGUCUAUUAUCUUUGUCUUUGUCAAACAUCCUUUCGAUGUUGGUGACCGCGUCACCAUUUAUGGCUCCACUGGCGCUAACAUGACUGGCGACGACUACUACGUGACGGAGAUUUCUCUUCUGUACACCGAGUUCAAAAAGCUACAAGGCCACAUUGUUCAAGCUCCUAAUUCUAUACUCAACACUUUAUUUAUUCUCAACCAAAGACGAUCCAACGGCCUAUCUGAUGUCAUUCCAUUGCAAUUCAAAUUUGGUACUCCUGCUUGGAUGAUUGAAGAACUGAAGGCCCGUAUGCUCGACUUCUGCUUGGCCAACAAACGUGACUACCAGCCGACCAUUAUUACGGAAAUGACCGGCGUUGAUCAGAUUCGUUCUGCCAAUAUGAACAUGGUUUUCAUUCACAAGAGCAAUUUCCAAAAUGAGCUUCUCCGUCUCAACCGUCACAACAAGUUCGUUGUUGAGCUGCUAGCUCAGUUGGAACAGAUUGGCAUCCAAGGCCCUCUGCGUGUCGAUCCUGGUGGCAGUCGAGAAUAUCCCAUGUACUAUGCUGGCUCUCAUCCGCCUCCAUACAGCAAUGGCAAAGAGCAGCUUCACGAUGAUCCUGCUGGGCACGGCCUAGGACCGGCUCCGUCACGAGGCGCCAUGCCCCGUCAUAACAGUGUUAGAAGCACACGCCUCCCCACAACGAACGAGGAAGCAAUCGUUGGUUUCCAAGAUGUUUUUGAAAAUCGGCGCGAUCAAUCACUUGCACGACGAAUGGAGUCCAUCCGAGAGAAAGACAUCGCUGAACAACGAGAAGCUGAGAGCGAGCCACGAGCAUCCACCACUGGUGCUGCGCUCACACCAACGCAGUCGGUGAAUUCGCAACAACGUUCGCGAUUUUUUGGCCGCCACCGGAGUGGCACUAAGAGUCAACAACAUCAGCCACAGAGCGACAUGGUUUGA